GACGGAAUCGAGGGCAAUCUGGAGAUAGAUCUAGAAGACAAACCUCAACAUCCUCCCCAGGUCCCUUCGGGGACCCCGGUGGAUCUUGGUGUGAACCGAGAUUCAUUAACAAAACAAACUAAGGCGGGAUCGGACCGAUACGCGUUCGCUGACUCACCGAUCAGGCUCGAUCCGGACUACCUGGACGCGAUCGUGGACAAGGCCCAGAUCGUGCGGAAGAAGCUGAGAGCGCCAGGCCUAGACGACGAAGAUCCCAGACCGUCGGCGCUCGACUGGUCCGAGGCUGACCUGGAUCGACAGUAUCACUUGAAGGAAUUGCGAGACUUCUUACGUCAAGAUCCUGUCAUGGUGACCGUGCGGCCAGAGCAGAUCGACGACCCGAAGGGCCCGAUCUCGCCCCCCCGAGCGACGGACAACAAGCUGACGGCGGUGAAGAACCUGCUCAGGCUGUUGGAGGAAGCCGGCUUCGUGGCUGGCGCUUUUGAAGCAAACGACCUUUUCGAUCAAGAUCUCGAUGCGAUCCAGACGGCAAUCGAGACAUUGGUCGACAAGUUGAGAUCUUUGGUCGACGUGAUCGCGGACAGUCCGGACCCGAAGGUGCCAGAUCUAGUGUCGCCAGCUCCCGCGUCGUCGCCGCGGAUGGAGUCCACUGGGUACCGAUCGUCGUCUCCUUUUGUUGGCGAUCUAUCAGGACAAGAGGCAAUCCUGGGUAUGGGCUUUAUGUCCCAGCGGGGAUCCACCUCGAUCUUGCGGACGGCUCUAUCUGUCUCCCCGACGAAGUCAAGAUCCAGCUUAGCGGGCGGCGCCAGCUGUACAACGACAAUGUCAGACACGUGUGUGUGUGGAGCAGGGAAUGCGGAUCGCGAUCGGGGAUUCGAUUGA